AUUUGUUCUACUCACGCACCACCUACACUCCGCCAUGCGUCCUCUCGCCAUCCUCUCUCCCACCCUCGCUAUCGCUGUUCCCGCCUCCAACAAAGACACACCCGCCGCAGUGAUCGCCCGCUUCACGCACUCUGACGAGUGUCAACUCCCCUCAGCCCCAGCCACCUGCGCCGGCUCAUCGCAGAAAGACGUCAUUGUGCACUACGGCAAGAACACGACACAGGCGGAGAAGGAUCUGCUUCUGAAUGCGGCCAAGGCGUCAGGCGCGAGUAUCCACGAAGCGAUGAACAAUUUCGGGUUCACGGGGUUUGUACCAGAGAGCGUGGUUGAGUUGAUCGCAGCGCAUGGGAAGACGUGUGGGGUUAGUGUUUAUGAGAAUGGGUGUGCGGGGAUUCCUUGGUGUGGGGAGGCGCCGUGCUGAGUUGUUCGUUGAGGAUGAUGUUGUGCACAUUGUAGAACAGGUGUCAUUCUGAUGUAGGUCCAGGGUUUGCCGUUCCUCUGACGUUGUAGUGAAUCGCAAAAAGGACGGCUGGGUUGUAUUUGGAUUCAGUUGCCAUGGUGGGCGUGAGCGGCUCUACGAUGCGUAUCGGUUCUAGCAUCAGUGGCGACGAGUUUUGGUCAUCAAUCGACGAUGUGUUCC